GAAGGAAGCACCUUAGCAGUCAGGGCUGGGCCAGCACAAACCAGGAGAGUGGCUACAAUGACUUCAGCAAUACUGGUGGACAUACGGGAUGAAGUGACCUGCCCCAUCUGCCUAGAGCUGCUGACAGAACCUGUGAGCAUAGACUGUGGUCACAGCUUCUGCCAAGCCUGCAUCACUGCAAACAACAAAAAGUCCAGCAUCAGCCAAGAAGGAGAGAGCAGCUGUCCUGUGUGCCAGACCAGCUACCAGCCUGGGAACCUGCGACCUAAUCGGCACCUGGCCAACAUAGCGGAGAGGCUUAGAGACGUGGUGUUGGGCUCGGGGAAGCAGCCGAAGAUGCUUCUUUGUGCACACCAUGGAGAGAAACUCCAGCUCUUCUGUAAGGAGGAUGGGAAGGUCAUUUGCUGGCUUUGUGAGCGGUCUCAGGAGCACCGUGGUCACCACACGUUCCUUAUGGAGGAGGUUGCCCAGGAAUAUCAGGAGAAGUUCCAAGAGUCUCUGAAGAAACUGAAGCAAGAGCAGCAGGAAGCUGAGAAACUAAAAGCUGUUAUUAGAGAGAAGAGGGCAUCCUGGAAGAAUCAGAUGGAACCUGAGAGACAGAGGAUUCAGACACAGUUUAAUCGGUUGAGAAGCAUCCUGGACAAAGAGGAGCAGCGGCAACUGAAAAAGCUGGAGGUAGAGGAGAGGAGGGGUCUGAGUAUUAUAGAAGAGGCUGAGGAUGAGCUGGUCCACCAGAGCCAGUCACUGAGAGCUAUCAUCUCAGAUCUGGAACGUCGGUGUCAGGGGUCAACGACAGAACUGCUGCAGGAUGUGAAUGAUGUCACGAAAAGGAGUGAGUUCUGGACCCUGAAGAAGCCAGAAGCUCUCCCCACCAAGCUGAAGAGUAUGUUUCGAGCCCCAGAUCUGAAAAAGAUGCUGCGAGUGUUUAGAGAACUAACAGGUGUCCAAAGUUACUGGGUGGACGUGACUCUGAAUCCACAGACAGCUAAUUUAAAUCUUGUCCUGUCCAAAAACCGGAGACAGGUGAGAUUUGUGGGUGCUCAGCUGUCUGGGUCUCAUCUGGAAGAGCAUUAUGACUGUGGUGUCCUGGGCUUUCAGCACUUCUCUUCAGGAAAACAUUACUGGGAAGUAGAUGUGGCCAAGAAGACUGACUGGAUCCUGGGGGUGUGCAGUAAUCCAGGGGAACCUACAUUCUGUUUCAGCCAGUUGGCGAACAAUCAGAAUGUUUACUCCAGAUAUCAACCUCAGAGUGGAUACUGGGUAAUUGGGUUACAUCAUAAACAUGAAUAUAGAGCCUAUGAGGAAUCUUCUGCUUCCCUCCUCCUCUCCAUGAUGGUGCCCCCUCGCCGCAUUGGGGUUUUCUUAGAUUAUGAGGCCGGCACUGUCUCCUUUUUUAAUGUCACAAACCAUGGCUUUCCCAUCUAUACCUUCUCUAAAUAUUACUUUCCUACCACCCUUUGUCCAUAUUUUAAUCCUUGCAACUGUGUAGUCCCAAUGACCCUGCGUCGCCCAAGCUCUUGAACAUUCUUCUGUCCUCGCCCACAUCUGAGCAGUAUCCCUUAUUCUGAGGCUCAACUGUACCUCAGUCUCUCCCUUUUGACCUUCUGUUUGUCUGCCUUCUCACUUCUUUACCUUUGAACAUUUACUCAAUGCUAGAAUGUACCCAGUAGUGAUAAUGAACAUCUUUGAUGAAUCAAUCACAGAUCUUGAGAUGGGUGGCUUUCAACAUUUUACCAUUAAACAUGGUAUUUAAUAAAGAUUUGUUUUGUUGAUGUAUGGGAUCAAAUU